ACCUUCCCCUCUCAACGUACCAAAAGAUUCACUACCUCUCCAUAUCACAAAGUUGAAUUCAUAUCACCUUUUCUAACGUUCCAAGACUGAGUUAUGGGUUCUGAUGAAACCAAAUCGACGUUGGACACCGAGAAGUCGACCGGGCCAGGAUGCGACACCACGUCAAAGACUUGUUGGAUGAUUCAAGUUGUGCUUAGAAUAGUUCUGUUUGCAGCUACUUUGUCGUCGAUAGUGGUAAUGGUUUUGAGUAAACAGACCAAGAAUGUAUUCAUCCCUGGAACUCCCUUUCGUAUUCCUACUGCUAAGUUCACCAACUCACCAGCUCUUAUAUACUUUGUGGUGGCACUCUCGGUGGCUUGCUUUUACAGUAUUCUAUCAACACUUGCUACAGUAUCUGCUUUCAAGAAGCCUUCCUCUUGCUCUGCCAUACUCUUGCUCAACCUUGCCAUUAUGGAUGCGGUGAUGGUGGGGAUAGUGGCCUCAGCGACCGGAGCGGGAGGUGGAGUAGCUUACCUUGGUCUGAAGGGAAACAAAGAAGUGAGAUGGGUCAAAAUAUGUCAUGUCUACGAUAAGUUUUGCCGUCAUGUUGCAGGUGCACUAGGCGUCUCAUUGGUUGCUUCAAUCCUCCUCCUUCUCUUAUCCAUCAUCUCUGUGAUCUCCCUCUACAAGAGGAUCCGUUGAUUCAUUCUCUUUGUGUUCUUUGUUUAUGUUUUAGUCAAUUUAUAUUGAUCUCGUUUCUUUGUUUCUUUUGGUGUUUGUCCAAGUUGACGUUUGUGUGUUUUCCGUUAGUGUUCGAGGUUUUGUAUAAUUGUGUGACUAGUUUAUUUGUAACCCGAGGUUUCUAGUGAAUCUUUUUGUAUGUUUUUCUAUGUUUUGGAUUGAUGAUUCGUUUUAUAGUGACCAGUCUUUUUUUU